AAGAGUAUGAGGAACUCGCACUAGAGCUUCUGUAUUCUGAGAAGCUAAUUGUAUAGAUUCAAAAAUCGUAGGCCAGUUUUGUAAAACUUCAGACACAGCUAAGUACGACCGGUUAGCAAAAGGAAACGAAUAGGCUUCAAUAAACUAGAAAUGAAUUUCAACUAAAUAAAGAUGAAGACGCAUGAACAAGAAUAACAAUGUUAAAAACAGUAACGAUAUAAAGAUCAUUGCAAAGUUUACAAAUGGUACCUUCUUUGCGUAAACUGAAACUCCUCAUAAAUCGAAAAUGGCCAAUUACCUAGGAUGAAGACAUUGGUUUAAGAGUCUUUAUACAGAGUAAUUCCUGUUCAUUAAAAGAAACUGGGUUUGGGGAUUAAGAAACAUACCUUCACUACCAUCAUUUAAAGUCUCUAGUCUUUCGGCUAAAAGCUCCAAUUUUUUAGACAUUUCUUGAGAAAUAUCUCUUAAUUUACAUAUGGAAGCAUAUUCCUUUUCUUUUUCAGCAAUUCGACUGUUCAACAUGGUUGUAAGUGUCAAAAACAGAAAUCGACUCUCCAGGUAGAAAACAACAGCUCGUGAAGCAAUUCCUUUUUUAGGAGCCACAGACGAAAUGAAAUCCUUCUUUUGUUAAGAAUCUAUAACACAGAAGUAUAGGCUGCCCCUUCCAGCUUUAAUAAGACAUUGAAAACUCUAAUUGCCAGAAUUUAUCCAGAAGCAACUUGAUAUCACAACCUUGUUCAGUCUUUUUAAAUAAAAAAAAGAAAAUAAAAGAAGCCAAAAGGAAGAGUUGAAUCUCAUGAAGUAUACUUUUCGUUUUGCAUAAUGCUUUCUAUGCUUACUAGUGUUGAACAGUGUGUAUUUAAGCUGAUUUUUUUAUUGCUAAUUGUUGUAGUUAUUAUUUAAAAGCUUAACCUCUGUUAGAAUUUCUUUGAUGUACGAAAAUAAAAAUAAAAGAGGGACUUAUUAUGAAAGACCGGAUGUUAGUACAUGACAGCAGUAUCCAAGCUUUUCAGGACAUAGAAAGACGAAUGCUCAUAAUGAAUAUAACAUUCAUCUACUUCUGAUAAUGCAUCCUGUCCAAUAUAUCGAGGCUAAAACUAUCUUGACGAUGUCUGGUAGAUGAGUUGGCAUCAACAUUCAAAGUAAGGCUGUAUUUAAAAUCUCUUCUCUUCUCUUCUCUUCUCUUCUCUUCUCUUUUCUUUUCUUUUCUUUUCUUUUUUGCCUCGUCAAUACAAUGCGUUAGAAUUGGCUCAAAACCAAAGGUAUCUUCUGCUCAGCAUUCAUUCUCUCUAAGGCAUCUAUAUGCGGGCCGUGAGACAUCUCUCGUUCAUGUGUACUUUGUCUCAAUAUUCAGAAAGCCAUUUCUUCUAAAUAGAACAUAGGAUCUUUUGCACAAUUCAAUUCAACUGUACCCGAACUGAAACUAGAUGUUGGUUUAAUGCCUCAUACAUUAAAUAAAUGUGAGGAUCGCUCUCUUUAUUUUUCUUUAGUCAUUUGGAAGCUUCGAUAAUCGAAGAAAUUUCAUUUCGCUUUUUUCUGUUAAAUCAAUGGUCCCAGAGUACCGGCGAGAAGGCGCGAAUCAAAAUAUAAAAGAUGAGAUCUUCUUUUUUAUUUUGUAAAGGAAUAGUCUGAUUCCUUAUCAUUUUAUUCUUAAGCUCACCUUUUUCCUUAAAUUGCAAGUCGCAAUUGAUCCGUCUCCAUAAACCUAUAGAAACGACUUCCAUUCACAAUGAGCUGCCCUUUAAAUUCUACAACACUUGAAGAGAUUUGUAAGGAAGCUUCAAAGCCUGUGCUUGAAGCAACUGAAUACGAUGGUGAGAAGAGUGCCGAAAUGAACCAAGCUGUCAUUUAUGGCGUUUUGAAUGCCCUCAAUAAGAAAACACAAUCCUACAAAUGGGUUGUCAGUUCUACAUUGGUCCAAAAGUUACCGGAUGAUCAUCCUUCUCGAGGUGUGCAUGCCGCUCAUGCUGCUUGUUGGAAUGUCGAAAAAGAUGGAAUGACAACCAUAAAAGAAAGCGGACAAGCCAUUGAUGUGAUUCUUAGUAUCAUGUGGAUAUCCAUUUGAUUAUAGAACCAUGACGGCUUCUUCCUUCUUUUAACGUAUUUCAUUUCGCACAAUUUGUUUCACUGAAUUUUCCUUGACAGAUACUCAGCAACAUUAGAUAUCUUUAUGAAUGCUACGGUAUGAUACCCAUUUGUUGGCCGUAUCUUUUGUUUUCAGUCCAAUUGCUGAAUUUUUUUAAGAUCUUUUUAUUCAAUUAACAUGGGUUUCCAUUAAUCUUCUUCACUUUUUUAUUCAGUAGAUAUUACUAAGUGGAGUUUGACUAUAUAGAUAUAUAUCGCUCAACUGUAGCAAAGAGUGUUUUAAACCAAAGUAAUUUGAAUAAAACCAAUUUCUACUCA